CGAUAGAUGAUGGAUCCCAUGGAUUUGAUGUGAUCCAUCCAAUGUGGGGAAAAAGGUACCUGCUUGUCGCACUGACAUUUUGGGGUAGCUCAAAGUACCACCUCGUACUUGCUCUGCUGUACCUGGGCUGUACCAAGCUGCACCAGGACCCCUAAGAAAAUGGAGUCGAGCCUGCCAAUCCAAUUGGCCCCGUGGACCCCUUACGGCCUCGUGACUGGACGGCACGAUUCAGGGCGCACCCACUGAAGAGGUCGCAUCGUGACCCCUUGGAACCUGUCAAGUCCCAGGGACGGACAAUGCGGCUGGAGCUUUUGAUAAAUACAGUGUCAGCUGACGAGGAAACUUACUAUAGAUUGCAGUUAAGGUUGCAGACCGCCAUUGUUGGCUGGGCUCCUUUCUCAAAGAGUGUUAGAUACUGUGCUACAAACACCAAUUUGUCAACUCAUGACCAGGGGAUUGCCCACGAUGACGAACGGAAACGCUUAGUGGCGGCGCUCUUGGCUGCACACUCACGCAUUAAACUCAGGCGUGGCCGAGGUCACUGUUACAAUACCAAGCUUAUGAUAAGACGACAUGCUACCUAUUUAACUACUGGGAAUGAUAAGCUUCUUCAAAAAGUAUGUCAUGCUGAUAAAGUCAUGGUACGUUUAUAAUUCAUGUUUCUAUGCUGAUGCAGGUUCUAAUAUGCUGGCGCCAUACGAUGC